AGAUUGGAAGGGAUGAAAUUACAAUAACCAUUCAACAUAAAUACGGAGAAUCUAGAGUGAACAGUAUCAGUCGUACACAGCGCAAAUACGUACCUGCCAAUAGCACACACUCAGCUCAGUUCAAAACCAUCAAAUAUAAAAAUAUAAAAUGGCCGUCAAGAUGAUCAUUUUCGCCGCCUGCGUGGCCACCGCUCUCGCCCAAUACGCCGCACCCGCUUACAAACCAGCGUACUCAGCGCCCGCUUACUCAGCACCAAAGGCUUACGCCCCGGAACCCGCCUACGCACCCACACCGUACAACUUCGAGUACAGCGUAAACGACCCACACACCUACGAUGUCAAGAGCCAAUCCGAGUACAGCGACGGCAACGGUUACGUCAAGGGAUCGUACAGCCUUUUGGAAGCCGACGGUUCCACCCGCACCGUUGAAUACACCGCCGACGACUACAACGGUUUCAACGCCGAAGUCAAAAACUCCGCCCCGGCCUACAAGCCAGCUUACUCUGCACCCGCUUACUCUGCACCAGCUUACCCAGCACCCGCAUACUCAGCUCCGGCUUACAAGCCAGCGCCAUACAAGGCGUACAGCAGUAAAAGUAUUCCUAAACUGCCAUCUGACAAAUCACUAAUUAGAAAGGAUUCUUUAGCUACACAUAUCAAAAAUAAAAUACUUAAAAUGGCUGUUAAGAUGAUCAUUUUCGCCGCCUGCGUGGCCACCACACUCGCUCAAUACGCCGCCCCAGCAUACCCAGCGCAACACGUUUACGCUCAAGCUGAACACGCGUACGCCCCAACCCCGUACAACUUCGAAUACAGCGUAAACGACCCACACACCUAUGAUGUCAAAAGCCAAUCCGAAUACAGCGAUGGAAACGGUUACGUCAAGGGAUCUUACAGCCUUUUGGAAGCCGACGGUUCCACCCGUGUUGUCGAAUACACCGCCGAUGACCACAGCGGUUUCAACGCUGAAGUCAAGAAAAUCGUAGGAAAGAGCCAAGGUUACAAGGCCCCUUACAGCGCACCUGCUCCAGCUUACAAUCCAGCUUACUCUGCACCAGCAUACUCUGCACCAGCAUACUCCGCACCAGCAUACUCUGCACCAGCCUACUCCGCUCCAGCCUAUAAGCCAAAUACUUUGACCAAACACAAAAAAAAAUCUAAAAUGGCCGCUAAGUUCAUCAUCCUCGCCGCUUGCGUGGCUACCGCCCUCGCCCAAUACUCUGCCCCAGCCUACAAGCCCGCUUACUCAGCGCCUGCUUACUCAGCACCAAAGGCUUACGCCCCAGAGCCCGCAUACGCCCCAGCCCCAUACAACUUCGAAUACAGCGUAAACGACCCAUACACCUACGAUGUCAAGAGCCAAUCCGAAUACGCUGACGGCAAUGGUUACGUCAAGGGAUCCUACAGCCUUUUGGAAGCCGACGGUUCCACCCGUACCGUUGAAUACACCGCUGACGACUACAACGGUUUCAACGCCGUCGUCAAGAACUCUGCCCCAUCUGCUGCCUACAAGCCAGCUUACUCCGCACCAGCUUACUCUGCACCAGCAUACUCUGCACCAGCCUACGCUGCACCAGCUUACUCUGCACCAGCCUACUCUGCACCGGCCUACAAGCCAGCAUACAAACCAGCAUACAAACCAGCAUACUAAUAACUUUUCUCAUGUGAACCAACUCUUGUUUUUCUUCUUUUUAUUUCAUGUCACUGUCAUGAAAUCUUCAUUAUUCACCAACUAUUUAUAUCAUCGUUGUAUUUAUUUUGUAAAUAAAUAGUGAAUCAAAUUAAAUCAAA